UCACAUGUGAACCACGUGGCACGAUAUUUUGAGUGUCAGUGAUGAAAUUGCGCAAUCGUUUUGAUUAAUCGUGAAAUUAUAGCUGAAUCGGAAUAUUUUAACAUCAUUUUGUAGGAUCUCAUCGCGUCACCUCAUCAUGUCACUUGGCACAAUUGGAUUCAUCGGAGCAGGGAAAAUAGCCCAAACAAUUACAAAAGGGCUUUUAGCUGCAAAUGCUGUUGCUGCAGAAAGAAUAGUAGCUAGUGAUCCAGCCAGCCACAAUCUUAAAGUAUUAUCAGACUUGGGAACCCAGACUGCCACAAAUAAUGAGCAACUCCUCCAGAUUGCUGAUACCAUUUUCUUAGCCACCAAGCCAAACAUUGUUGGAAGGGUACUGAAAGAGAUUUCCCCACAUAUCAAGAAAGACCAUCUCGUAAUAUCACUAGCAGCAGGCAUCACCUUAGACUACUUACAAAAUAGCUUGCCGGAUGAGACAAGAGUGAUCCGUGCCAUGCCCAACACACCAUCUAUAAUCAUGGAGGGUGCAACCAUCUUCUCAGUUGGUCGGAAUGUCCAGGAGGGUGAUGGGAAAAUGUUCCAGUCAUUAAUCUCUCAGCUAGGGAUCUGCUUAGAAGGGGAUGAAACACUCAUUGAUGCAGCCAUGUCAGUCAGUGGGUGUGGACCUGCAUAUGCGUAUGUGGCCAUUGAUGCUUUAGCAGAUGGAGGAGUUAAGAUGGGACUACCACGAGAUGUUGCUAUCAAACUUAGCGCUCAGGCAUUAUUGGGCUCAUCCAAGAUGGUAUUAACAGGUGGUAAACACCCGUCCCAACUCAAAGAUGAAGUAUGUUCCCCGGCAGGGACCACCAUUGAUGCCAUUCAUGAACUCGAGAAAGGUGGCUUCCGACGAUGUCUGAUAGAGGCUGUAGAAGCAGCAUGCCUGAAAGCAAGGCGUCUCAAUGCAAUGCAACUUUACGAUAAAAAAUAGAUGCAGAGGCAAGUCAGUAUCUGCGUUUCAUCUGCGUGAGCAAGUUUGUUGGCUUCAUUUGGUUAUCUUUCUACAUGGGCUACGAAUUGGAAAAGCUGGUCUUGGGCACGCACUGUCCUCAAUCUAUGUUUUACAACACUUCUAUUUUCAUGAUAGACGCUGUUCUAACUACAGGUGUUAACACAAUGACCAGGUUGAGGUUAUUCUAGUCCCAGAAUUAGCAACUGAUCUAUGUUUGGGUAUAGAUACUGUUGGUGGGAUUUAGAUACUGGUCGAAUCCUGGGUGAAUAUUAAGAUUAAAAUCUGGGAUGCUACUCUAAUUGAGGUUGUAUGGUGAGGCUCAGUUGUAAAUGCCAUGGUAGCAGGGCUCAACAGCUAAAUAUAAAAACAAGAUGGUAUUAAUCAUGGCAGUAGUAUUACCAUUAUGGUUCUUGUGCACCACGGCCAUUCAGUGUUGUGCUCAAUAAAGUAAAAAUGGACUCCAAAGUCAUUCACUUUCUAAACUUAGUCCAGGCUUAUGAGGAUAUUGGCAAGGCAUAUGUUCACUGUGGAUGUGCUCUUAACAGAUAAGGCUGAAAAUACAAGUGCAUUAUGUGUAAUAUGAGGAGACACACCAUUUAUCAUGUUCCAAAAUUCUUGUCAUACCUUUUAUGACUUUUUAUCUUUAAUACAUAGGUACCACAUUUUCAUUAGAAUUCAAUGAAUUUCAAAUUUUAAAUCUGCUAAAUUGGUAUGAUAUUUCAUAUUUCUUCAUAUAUUUUAAUCAUCUGACAGUUUUGUCUCACCUGCAUAGCAGAGUGAGACUGUAGGCGCCGCUUUUCCGACGGCGGCGGCGUCAACACCAAAUCUUAACUGAAGGUUAAAGGACAAGUCCACUCCAGCAAAAAGUUUGUUUGAAUAAAAAGAGAAAAAUCCAACAAGUAUAACACUGAAAAUUUCAUCAAAAUCGGAUGUAAAAUAAGAAAGUUAUGAUUUUAUAAAGUUUCGCUUAAUUUCACAAAACAGUUAUAUGCACAUCCUAGUUGGUAUGCAAAUGAGGGGACUGAUGACGUCAUCCACUCACUAUUUCUUUUGUAUUUUAUUAUAUGAAAUAUGAAAUAUUCUAAUUUUCUCCCCAUUGUCAAGUGAAACAAGGAUUAAUUCCUCCCGGAACAUGUGGAAUUAGCAUUGUUUAGUACUAUAUGGUUCAGUCAAGUUGGUCCUCAUUGUCAAAUCUGUGAAAAAUGAAAUAUUGUAUAAUUCAAACAAUAAAAAAAAAAAAAAAAUAGUGAGUGAUGGACAUCAUUGACUGAAUGUCACUGAGUUGUGAAUAUCACUGUUUUGUGAUAAAUAAGCGAAACUUUAAAAUGCCAUAACUUUUUUAUUUUACAGCCGAUUUUAAUAAAAUAUUCAGCUUUAUGCUAGUUUGAUUUUUCUCUAUUUAUUCAAGCAACAUUUUUCUGGGGUAGACUUGACCUUUAAGUUUUUGAAAUGACAGCAUAACUUAGAAAGUAUAUGGACCUAGUUCAUGAAACUUGAUCAUAAGGUUAAUCAAGUAUUACUGAACAUCCUGCCUGAGUUUCAAGUCACAUGAUCAAGGUCAUUUAAGGUCAGUGAACUUUGGCCAAGUUGGGGGUAUUUGUUGAAUUACCAUCAUAACUUUGAAAUUUUAUUGGUCUAGUACAUAAAACUUGGACAUAAGAGUAAUCAAAUAUCACUGAACAUCCUUUGCGAAUUUCAGGUCACAUGAUCAAGAUCAAAGGUCAAUGAACUUUGGCCAUGUUGGGGGUAUCUGUUGAAUUACCAUCAUAACUUUGAAAGUCUAUGGAUCUGAUUCAUGAAACUUGGACAUUAGAGUAAUCGAGUAUCACUGAACAUCCUGUGCGAGUUUCAGGUCACAUGACCAAGGUCGAAGGUCAUUUAAGGUCAAUGAACUUUGGCCAUGUUGGUGGUAUUUGUUGAAUUACCAUCAUAACUCUGUAAGUGUAUUGGUCUAGUUCAUAAAACUAGGACAUGAGAGUAAUCAAGUAUCACUGAACAUCUCAUGCGAGUUUCAGGUCACAUGACCAAAUUCAAAGGUCAUUUAAGGUCAUUGAACUUUGGCCAUUUUGGAGGUCAUUAUGAGAUUGCUGUCAUAACUUUCAAAGUUUAUAGAUAAAGUGUAUAAAAUGUUGAUAUCAGGGUAAUCAAGUAUCAAUGACAAGUCUUAGGUCAAAUGUCAUUUAUUGUAAAUGAACGUAGUAUUGUAUCAUUAUAUGAAUGGUGUUUUUUGUGAAUAAUUAUUUCAUAGUAGUUUUCAAAGUCAGCACUGCUGCUAUAUAGAAUCACGUGAUGCAGGUGAGACUGCCAGAGGCGCUCCACUUGUUUUUUAUGUUAUCAUACUUCAUUCUUAGUAUUCAUUACAUUCCUUUUGGUUUCCUUUAAUGAUACUCAGUAUAAUACUGAUUUUAUAUAGUUGCUUUUGAAAUUUGCCAAGCUUGCAAAGUUUACAUGUUUAACAUUAUGCAUUGAGAAGAUAAGGUUUUGUAAAACGAUGACGAAUUCAUCAUCCAAGGUUUUUCAGGGUUUUUUUUUAAAAGAAAGAACAAAUAGUUGUUACAUACAUGUACAUGUACCUGCCAACCUUUGAAGACUAAAAAUAAUAAUCCUUUUUUACUUCUACCCUGUCAUAGAAUUGUUUCAAGUUACACUGCUCUCCAUACUCUCUGAUGUAUUUGCGUACUGCUUGGCCAACAAACAACUCUUCAUUUCUUUUCUGAUUGCUUUCAUCUGUGAACUCUACUUCAUACACUUUUGAAUGAGCAAUAACUUCUGGUUUCACAAAUCGAACAAGCAGUGACUUCAUUUGGUUGCACAUAACAUUAUGCAUUACAUGAAUACAUGGUUUAUCUUUCUGAAGGAUCAGGUUACUGUCAUCGUACAAAGAAAUGGUAUUAAAAAAGAGACAAUAUAGUUUUGUGUUAGGGUCUGUCAUCUUCACUACACGCUCAGGUUUUGAUUCAACUAUUGUAACUUUAGCCCCACCUGCAGGUUGACGUGUUGCAGCGGAAGAUCGUUUUGAAGCAGAUUUUCCAGUCUCUUUUGCAGCUGAUUUUGCAGUUGGUCUUGUGGAAGAUGACUUUCUAAAGAACAGGUUUAAUGCUGUAGAAAGACCUGAAUUAUCCUUACUGGUGCUUGUAGCAGACUUCAAUGGUGUAAAUUUAGCAGGACCACUCAAAGUACUAAUCUUUGUAGCACACUGGUUGCUAGUUGAGCUAGAAGUUCCCUUCAUUGUGCUGGUUCUUGAGAACUGGAUGAUGUUGAUUUAUCAUGUACAUUUGAUGUUCCAGACUUGGUGGUGCUUUGGUUGCAAGUUGAACUAGAAGCAACAAGCAGUGUCUUCUUGGGAAUCUUGUAACAUGUACUAGAUUUUGCAGAACUUGUUCCUUGGAGUGUUGAUCUAGUAGGACCAUGUGAACUGCCAGGUUUUACAGCAGGGGUCACCGAUGUGCCUUGCUUGGUAGAGGUAGCCAAACUUGGCGAUGAUCAUACCGACUUGGGUUUUUGUUUCUUUCUUUCUUGUUCCCCUUCUUGUGUGACUCUCUGUCGUUUUGUCCCACUUGUCUUUUCUCUCUCUCCUUCAAAGAAAGGGAUAAUCGCAUCCCACUGCUCCAGGAGUCUAAUGAUGCACUGUCCGAGUGAAAGCCAACGUGUGGACACAUGCUUGAUGAUCUUGUGCUGGGGAAGAUUUUUCUUGUCUUGGACGGAUUUGAAUUCUUGCUUCCUCUUGCUGCUCUUUUCCAGAUGAUAAUAAAUAUCGAUGAGCAAGUCCUCUACUCUACACAGGUACCCGUUUUGCUGCUUUCUCAGCCGCAAGAUGCAUCAAAUGACAAGGGCAGCCUACAAGAAUGCAAAUAGAAAACAAAUGAGAAUAUAUUUAAAUAUUUUCAAAUUGGAAAAGAAAUAUCAAAACUCUGUCCAUCACUUAGGCCUUUUUAUAUUAUACCAGAUCUGCACUGUAGCUGCAAGAUAUUCAACCAACCAUUCCAAUAAUAAGACAAGCGGAGACUACUAUAUUUUGACUGCAUAUUCAAAAUUAUAACAAAGACUAUUUGUUUUAUUUCUUGUCUUCAUUUCAUUUUGUAUUUAUCUUAUAUUUUAUUGGUUGGAAACAGGUUUUCCUCUGGAAUGCCCUGAAACUAAGCUGUGGAAAUGAACACCACACACACAAAUAUGUUUAAUGAUCAGCACAAGCAUUUCUUUCAUUUAUAUCUCGUUUAUGUUUUUUUGUAUGUUCAGUUUUGCUCUUAAUAACAUUAAAGAUCUAGACCUACACUACUUUAUUUAGUAUGGUAUUCACAAAGACUCACCAGAAAUGUACAUAGAUGGAGCACGCUUGAGUAGAAACGCCGCUACACCUUUGAACUUGCCCAACAUCACCGACGCAUUGUCCGCGGAGAAGGAUACCAGAUUUUCAAACGGAAUUUCCAGUUCCUGUAGUUCUGCCUCCAAAAGCUUGAAUAUGUUCUCCCCUGUAGAUGGCUUAUUACACUCCUUCAACGAGAGAAGAACUGACAAGGUACGACCCUCAUCCGGGUCAAAAUACCGCACACAUAUUGGGUACAACUUGACAUCAUCAUAGUCCGUAGACCCAUCCGUUGCCAAACUGAAUGGCGAUACCUUGAUGACAUCGACAAUUUUUUUCCUGGAAUCUUUACCAAGGGUAUUGGUGAUGCAGCCUGUCUUUGUGCGCCCACAUCCAUACUUUUUUGCGAUGGCCGAAUCGGGAAACAUUUUCCGAAACAGUUUAUUACAGUGGUCAGCAACACUGAGUGGCCAACUAUGUUCAACAAUGAAUUCGGUCAUCAAAACCUCUGCAUUAAUUACACUCGUGUCCGAAUCUACCGUGAAGUAACUGUUUAAUGAUCUACCACUGGUUGCCUCACUAGUGGCUUGAUGCUUUUUUGUCUUGAUAUGUUUCUCGAUGUCAUGGAGUCCACCGUGACUGAUGCAGAAAUCGCUGGAACAGCAUUUGCAAAAUGCAUAGUGAACUCCCAGUUUGGAGCUUGUCAAUACAGGAAACCUCUCGGAGUAUUCAGCCCGAUAUUUCGGGGUAGAUUUCUUGGUAGAUUUGCUCAUUUUGCCAUUUCAGGUGUACUGGUAGCAAUCAAAAUCAUGGGCAAAUCAAGGAAAUCAUUGCUGCUCCACUGCAAAAUAUAUGUGCUGAACUGAACGCAUACAGCAAUCACUCGCACGUUUUCACAUAACAGUCCCAUAUGUAGUAAUCCACAUAGUUUGUACGGUAAAUUUGCACGCGAAACACACAUCGCAAGUAUUGCGUCGCAUGUAGUCACGUCUACCCACACGUACACACGAACAUACGCACGCAAUCCCCCCGCUCGUAUUACACUCGCUACAAAACGUUGGAAUUACGAUUCGGCUGCGUUGUUAGACUUGAAGUCCAGUCGUUGUAGACAUUUUAUUUUU